AAGUGCAUGAAUGAAGGAAUUUUCUUUUUCAAUCAUCUUUUAAUAUUAUCUAGAUUUGGUUAAUGUGGUGGAUUAGCUUUUAUAUAUUCUUUUUUCUUUGCUUUUGCUGAACCAGUGGCGGGCAUGUUGGUUCUCUUUUAGUUUUUUUAUUACCAAAAACCUCCGCUGCCCUUGGCUCUUGGAUCUGACAUAGAGGUGGGAGUGUGUGUGUGAAUGCUUGUGAUGUAGUGAGGGAAGCAUGAGAACUUGUGGUGCCUCCUGACGUGUACAUUGCACAUAACAAAACAAACCCACUUCAGAAUUUGUUGUCUUGAAUUGAACCUUUCUUAAAAAUUCUAACUAGCUCUCCUAAGCUGAUUUUGGUUUCUAGUCACCUUGUUUUCUGGAGCUGCAACAUCAAUGGAGUUCAGGAAACAACAGUCUGUUUUGUGUUGUUUGGUCUUGUUCUGUCUGUGUGUUUCUGAAUGUGCGUUGCUCUCUCCCAAAGGCGUCAACUAUGAAGUUCAAGCUUUAAUAGACAUCAAAACUUUCUUGGUUGAUCCUUAUGGGGUUCUUAGCAAUUGGGAUGAAAAUGCUGUUGAUCCAUGCAGCUGGACUAUGGUCACUUGUUCUCCGGAUGGUCAAGUUAUUGGCAUAGGAGCUCCAAGCCAGUACUUAUCUGGUGCCCUUUCACGUAGUAUUGGGAACUUGACAAAUCUCCAGCUUGUACUCUUACAGAACAACAAUAUAUCAGGAAGUAUACCCUCAGAGAUAGGUAGGCUUCCUAAGCUUGGGACUCUUGAUCUUUCAAACAACCAUUUCUCUGGUCAAAUUCCUGGCACCCUGUCCCAUUUAAACAGCUUGCAAUACCUGAGGCUGAAUAAUAACAGUCUCUCUGGAUUUAUGCCUCCCUCCUUGGCAAACAUGAGCCAGCUCACUUUUCUGGAUUUGUCUUUCAAUAAUUUGAGUGGUCCUAAACCAGAGUUUCUUGCCAAAACUUUCAACAUUGUGGGAAAUCCUUUAAUCUGUGCCACUGGAACUGAUAAAGAUUGCUUUCGAACAAGACCAAUGCCAAUGCCAUUUCCCUUGAAUAAUUCACAAAGCUCACAACCUUCAGGAAGACGUAAAAGCCACAAAAUUGCUUUAGCUUUUGGAUCAACCCUAGGCUGCAUCUGCCUGCUGCUCCUUAUAGCUGGUUUUCUUCUCUGGUGGAGGCAGAGACAUAACCAACAAAUAUUCUUUGAUACUGUCAAUGAGAGGCGUAAUGAAGAAAUCAACCUUGGUAACCUGAGGAGGUUUCACUUCAAAGAACUUCAGAUAGCUACAAACAACUUCGGUGGCAAGAACUUGAUUGGAAAGGGAGGUUUUGGAAACGUUUAUAAAGGUCGUCUCCAUGAUGGAACAGUUGUAGCUGUAAAAAGGCUUAAAGAUGGAAAUGCCAUUGGAGGCGAAAAGCAGUUUCAGACUGAAGUUGAGAUGAUAAGUCUUGCAGUUCACCGUAACCUACUAAAGCUCUAUGGAUUCUGUAUAACUGCAACAGAGAGACUCCUUGUUUACCCCUACAUGUCCAAUGGAAGUGUUGCUUCUCGCCUCAAGGCCAAACCAACCUUAGGUUGGGGCACAAGGAAAAGAAUUGCCUUAGGAGCUGCUAGGGGUUUGUUGUACUUGCACGAGCAAUGUGAUCCAAAGAUCAUUCACAGAGACGUUAAAGCUGCAAAUAUAUUGCUUGAUGAUAUUUGUGAGGCUGUUGUAGGAGAUUUUGGUUUGGCGAAGCUGUUGGAUCAUCAUGAAUCCCAUGUCACAACGGCUGUGAGGGGCACAGUAGGGCAUAUAGCACCAGAAUAUCUAUCAACCGGGCAGUCCUCAGAGAAAACAGAUGUUUUUGGGUUUGGUAUUCUUCUACUUGAACUGAUAUCUGGCCUAAGAGCUCUAGAGUUUGGGAAAACGGCAAACCAGAAAGGCGCCAUGCUCGAUUGGGUUAGAAAAAUUCACCAAGAAAAGAAACUUGAAAUGCUAGUUGACAAAGACCUGAAGAACGAUUAUGAUAGAAUCGAGCUUGAAGAAAUGGUUCGGGUGGCUCUUUUAUGCACUCAGUACAUUCCAAUUGACAGGCCGAAGAUGUCUGAAGUGGUUCGGAUGCUUGAAGGUGAUGGACUUGCUGAGAAAUGGGAAGCUUCACAGAGAGCUCAAGCAAGCAGGUCCAGAGCCAAUGAAUUUUCCUCUUCAGAACGAUAUUCUGAUCUUACCGAUGAUUCUUCCUUGCUUGCUCAAGCGAUGGAGCUUUCAGGACCCAGAUGACAUUCACUUCUGAAACAGAAGGUAAAUGGUCAGAAAUUGCCAACAAGAAGAGAGCUAAAAUCCUGAAAGGAAUCCAAGGAAAGGAAUGUGUUGAAAGAGCUUGUUGUAUAGAAUCAAUAUAUAAUACUGUAGCACUAAAUAUGUGUCAAACUCUGUGAUUGUACAGAUUUGAAUUCAGAGAGACUGACAUUUAGGGUUGAGUGUCUCAUUUCCAGUUUAUGGUGAGUGAAACAUUCUUCUGGGAAGUUUAUUGUGAACAACUUGCAGUAAAAAUUUUUCUCAGAAUUAUCCUUUCAGAAUGCCUAUUGCUUAUGCUAUUGUAGAAUGGGAAACAUAGAUAAAUAACUUUAAAGGCCUUCAAUUCAAAAGUCGAUUCAUACAGAUGCUCUUGUAGCCUACCGUCCUUAGUUCAAAUAGAAUGGAAAGGUAUUAGCACAUGUAAUAUGAAAAGCUUGGCAUGCACUACACACUGCUUAUUGUUUCUAGAAAAAGGGUGGUAGAUGGUGCUUAAUCUUGAAUGAAUAAGAUUUCUGCUUGAGCAGAAGCCCGGCGGAACCUCAACAACUCAAUUAGCAUAUUCAGUUUCUCAUCCAUGACAUAUAUACAAGGUGAGAUAGUCAUUGACUCUAGCAGUGGUGAAUUCCCAAGCAGAAAUUUGAUAAAUUCCAUUUCAUGAGGUACGCCAGACAUUUCUGUCAUCUUCACAACUUUGAGUUGCUUGAUUGUGCAAUCAGAUUAGAUUGU